GUACGAAAAUGUCAAGUGGGAGAAAGAGAGUAGGAAAUAUGAGCUUUUGGUGCUUCCCCAUCGAGAAAUCUGAAGGAGGUGAGGUUGCGGAGUAUUAUCAACAGCAGGUGGAAAUGUUGGAGGGCUUUAGCGAAAUGGAUGCACUGGCUGAUCAUGGAUUUCUACCUGUAAUGUCAAAGGAAGAACGUGAAAGGACUGCUAAAAGUGAGAAAAUAGCAAUCCGUUUAUCCAACAUCGCAAACAUGAUCCUUUUUGCUGCCAAGAUUUAUGCUUCUAUAAGGAGUGGAUCAUUGGCCAUUAUUGCAUCCACAUUAGAUUCUCUCCUUGAUCUGUUAUCAGGAUUUAUCUUAUGGUUUACUGCAUUCUCCAUGCAAACACCAAAUCCUUAUCAGUAUCCUAUCGGGAAAAGGCGCAUGCAGCCACUGGGAAUCCUUGUUUUUGCAUCUGUUAUGGCAACGCUGGGACUUCAGAUCAUUUUAGAGUCAGUACACUCCCUAAUUUCCGAUGAAGAUGGAUUCAGUUUGACAAAGCAGCAAGAGAGAUGGGUUGUAGGCAUCAUGUCGUCUGCCACAUUAGUGAAGCUUGCUCUGGUUUUUUACUGCCGCUUAUUCACUAAUGAGAUUGUCAAGGCCUAUGCGCAGGACCACUUUUUUGAUGUCAUUACAAAUGUCAUUGGUCUGGUGGCUGCACUUCUUGCCAAUUAUAUCAAAAACUGGAUUGAUCCUGUUGGAGCUAUCAUUCUGGCGUUAUAUACCAUCCGUACGUGGUCGACGACUGUGCUGGAAAAUGUGAACUCCCUGGUUGGCCGGUCGGCAGCACCGGAAUUUCUGCAGAAAUUGACAUACCUUUGCCGGAACCAUCACAAUGCCAUAAGACAAAUUGACACUGUACGGGCCUACACAUUUGGCUCGAACUACUUUGUCGAGGUGGAUAUUAUUUUGCCCUCAGAUAUGCCCUUGAGAGAGGCGCAUGACAUUGGGGAGGCCUUACAGGUGAAGCUUGAACGACUGCCCGAGAUAGAGCGAGCCUUUGUUCACCUUGAUUAUGAGUUCACCCAUCGCCCGGAGCAUGCACAGGCUCAUGAUGCAUGACCUAGUCCGUUUAUGAAACUACCAUUAUGUUCACUCUGGCUUCUUGUUGUGGACUGCAUGUUUAUCCUUAACCACUGAAAUCAUGUAUCUGGGUUAUGAUAGUUGAUGAAUGAUAAAUAUAUAGGAGUGCUUGGUUGGGGAUGCUGUAAUUCAAUGUUUUGUGGCUAGUAUUUUGUUGGUACUCAAGUCCAAUGUUAAAAAAUGUGUGAAGUGGAUAUAGCUAUUGGUUAAAAUUUGAAUGGAUCAGGUCACUCUUUAUCUGUUUUUCG